GGCCAAGGCUGAUGACGGGCCCCGUGUAUUUAAAGAGGACGUGAGCCCCCUGGUGCAGUGGAGCCAACAGAGACCACACAGGCAGACUUGAUCUUGAGCAGAGAGUCUUCAGGAUGCCAAACUGGGGUGGAGGAGCAAAAUGCGGAGCCUGCGAAAAGACCGUCUACCACGCGGAAGAAAUCCAGUGCAAUGGAAGGAGUUUCCACAAGACCUGCUUCCACUGCAGUGAGUUGGUGGCCUGCAGGAAGGCUCUGGACAGCACCACGGUGGCAGCACACGAGUCAGAGAUCUACUGUAAGGUUUGCUAUGGGCGCAGGUAUGGCCCGAAGGGAAUCGGGUAUGGACAAGGCGCCGGCUGCCUCAGCACAGACACAGGCGAACACCUGGGCCUCCAGUUCCAACAGUCCCCAAAGCAGGCACGCUCAGCCACCACCAGCAACCCUUCCAAGUUUACUGCAAAAUUUGGAGAGUCAGAGAAGUGCCCUCGAUGUGGCAAGUCAGUCUAUGCUGCUGAGAAGGUGAUGGGAGGUGGCAAGCCCUGGCACAAGACCUGUUUUCGCUGUGCCAUCUGUGGAAAGAGUCUAGAGUCCACAAACGUCACUGACAAAGACGGGGAACUUUAUUGCAAAGUUUGCUACGCCAAAAAUUUUGGCCCUACGGGUAUUGGGUUUGGGGGCCUUACACACCAAGUGGAAAGGAAAGAGUGAAAAGUGCACCAUUUCUCAGAUCUCUCAUUGGCCUAAAGCAUUUGCCAAGUAAUCCCGCCCAGAUGGAAACCCCUCCACAAACAUCCUCCUCAGAAUUCUCUUCAGAAGUGGUCCCAGUCUUUACCCGAAGUUAGAAGAGAUUUUGGGAAGAAAAUUAUUAAAAGUCUAAUCCAUAACAAAUUCUUUGUUAUUUACAAUACCUGGGGUGGGAGAGGCAAUAAAUAAAAAGUUUUAGUGGUACCUUGUA